GCGGCGGAAGUGGCGGAAGGCGAAGGAGGACGGGAGCAAAACAAAGGGGCGGAGGAGGAGGUGGCGGCGGCGGCGGCGGCGGCGGCGGCGGCGGGGCUGGAGGCGAGGGCGGGAAGCGCGCUGCCGGGAUGCUGAGCGGUAGAAAGAAUGAAAGGAAGGAAAUAUGCAAGAAUGUUGAAUGUCAUAGGACUGUAUAAUGGAAAACACAACGGAGGACCUCUGUACUAGAUCACUUGGAUGGCUUCAGCAGCAAGAUAAGGAUGCUAAACAAUGGCUCUGGAAAUUCUCUAAUUGUUUUGCAGCUGCGGAACAAAAUUUAUCUUUCAGUACAAAGACGGAUGAUCCCAUGGAGAGCAAGAAGGGUCCUGUGGCUUUGAAGGAUGCCCCGUCUCCUCACCAUCCUGGCCCCCAGCAGUUAGCAGCCCUUUCCCUUCCCGAUGUUCACUCCCUUCAGCAGAAGCAAAUGCAGCUUUUGUCCGGUUCCAAAGUAAGCUGUUGUGCUCGUGGCUCUGAAGCUGCUCCUCAGCUCCACGGUGGUGGCGGUGCUUUGAUUCACCCUGGCACGGCAUUGGACUCACAAGGCACUGGGACGGUCACUUGUCAAGUUGGGUCAGGGUUUGCUUUUUCAUCUGCGCCUUCGCUGAAGAAUGCUCCAGCUAGCAGCGGCAUGGCAGGCGUUGCGAGCGACUUGUCCGGAGUGUGCCUAGAAAAUAACAUCUCUUCCUGUCCACAUUUCCCCUGCUGCGGGAAACUCCACUUUCAGUCCUGUCAUGGUAACGUGCAUAAACUGCAUCAGUUUCCCUCUCAUCAAAGCUGCACCUCUUCGGGUUAUUUUCCUUGUUCCGAAUUCACAAGUGGGGCUACGGGGCUUCUGGAGGAACACAUUGCACAAUCGGAGUGUGCUUCUUGUGUUUGCACCAGCUCACUGCACCUAAAAGUGGCACCUUCUGUGUGUUUAAAGGGCUCUCACUACUGCAGUGAGUGUUUAAGCAAGCCAUCCAGAGAGAGUAUGGUUGAUGCAGCUAAAAUCUGGCCCAAUAUCCCACCUCCAAGCACUCAAGCUGCAUCUGUGUCCGUCCCGCUGUGUAAUGGCUGUGGAACCAAAGGGACAAGAAAAGAGAAGAGCUUACUGCUGGCAAGCAGCUUUGGACAGUUGCCGCAGAAAUAUGGAUCUCCUGAAGUUGCCCUGAGUAGCCAAGUGCUAGAGAACCUGCCCCCUGUUGGAGUUUUCUGGGAUAUUGAAAACUGCUCUGUCCCGUCAGGCCGUUCGGCUGUGGCAGUCGUGCAGCGAAUUCGUGAGAAAUUUUUUAAAGGCCAUCGGGAGGCAGAAUUCAUUUGCGUGUGUGACAUCAGUAAGGAGAACAAAGAAGUUAUUGAGGAGCUGAACAAUUGCCAGGUGACAGUUGCACACAUUAACGCCACAGCAAAGAAUGCAGCUGAUGACAAACUCAGGCAGAGUCUAAGAAGAUUUGCUGAUACACAUGCUGCACCAGCCACUGUGGUCCUUGUCUCCACCGAUGUGAACUUUGCACUAGAACUCAGUGACCUGAGACACCGCCAUGGUUUCCACAUCAUCCUGGUGCAUAAAAACCAAGCUUCUGAAGCGCUCCUGCAUCAUGCCCAUGAGCUGGUCAGAUUUGAGGAAUUUAUUUCAGAUUUGCCUCCACGAUUACCACUCAAAAAACCAGCAUGCCAUACUCUGUUAUAUGUUUACAACCUGCCUACAAACCGGGACACCAAAAGCGUCUGUUACAGGCUCCGGCGUUUGUCAGAUAACUGUGGAGGCAAAGUGCUGACCAUUUCCGGCACCAGUGCAAUCCUCCGCUUCUUAAACCAAGACAGCGCAGAACGUGCUCAGAAGCGAAUGGAGAACGAAGACGUCUUCGGCAACCGGAUUGUUGUGUCUUUUGCCCCCCACAACAAAGAGCUCACUGAAACUAAGAACAUGGGCUUAAUCGGAGCUGAGAAAGUGAAGUCUCCCAAACGAGUGAAUAAGAAUGCAAAGCUGUGCCUCGCAAGCAGAGAGUCAAAUGACCAGUCUUCCAGCUCUAAAACCCUUGCAGGGAAAGGCCUUCAAACACACGGCUCAGCUACCAAAAACACAAGCAUCAAGAGCCUACAGGAGUUGUGUCGGAUCAAGUCAGUGCUCAGUCCUAAGACUGUGAGAAGUACCGAAAGUCACCAAGACCAGUCGAGAGAGAGCAUCGCUUCACUCAGCAACUCUAUGAUGAAUUCUGCACCUUUGGCAUCUACAAAGGCUGGAACAGGGGAACUGGUUUAUAAAAACAGUCAAAAAAAGGACCCAUUUACAGCCAGAAGCAUCAGCAACUCUCCGGUAGAGAGAAAAGAGAAGGAUGAUGUAUUCCAAAUCAGUUAUCCAUCUGCUUUCAGUAUGCUCUCAGCAUCAAGGCAGCUCAGUCCUUUGCUGAUAUCUCAAAGUUGCUGGUCAUCGAGGAGUGUGUCUCCAAACCUCUCAAACAGAUCUUCACCACUUACUUUCAAUAUCAUAAAUCACUCUGGUAGCAUGGAAGGCCCUGAUCCUUUUGCAAAUGGAACGGACAUUCAGGUCAGCAAUUUGGACUACAGACUGUCCAGAAAAGAGCUGCAGCAAAUUCUGCAAGAAACCUUCUCCAGGCAUGGCAAGGUAAAAACCAUAGAGUUCAGUCCGCACACCGAUUAUCAGCUAAAGGCUGUGGUGCAAAUGGAGAAUCUCCAAGAAGCCAUCAGUGCUGUCAACAAUCUCCACAGAUGUAAAGUCGGCAGCAAAAGGAUCCAGGUCUCACUAACUACGGGAACAGCCAAUAAAUCUCUGUCCUUAGUUAGUUCAGAAGCAAUAUCCAUUCUUCAAGAUGCUCCAGCUUGCUGUCUGCCCCUCUUCAAAUUUACAGCUAUCUAUGAGAAAAAGUUUGGGCACAAGUUGAACGUAUCAGACCUGUAUAAGUUAACAGAUGUGGUGGGAAUCCGUGAUCAAGGCAAUGGGCGACUCGUGUGUCUCCUGCCCAGUAGUCAAGCCAGACAAAGUCCUCUGGGAUCUUCACAGUCUCAUGAUGGCUCCUCAGCUAAUUGUAGUCCUAUCAUAUUCGAAGAGCUGGAAUACCACGAACCCAUUUGUAAGCAGCACUGCAUAAAUAAGGACUUCAGUGAACAUGUAUUUGAUCCAGACUCCUACAAAGUUCCCUUUGUGAUUCUGUCCCUGAAGACCUUUGCGCCUCAAGUUCAUAGUUUGUUGCAAACUCAUGAGGGGACGGUGCCUUUACUGAGCUUUCCUGACUGCUAUGCUUCAGAGUUCAGCAAUCUAGAAAUGGUGCAGGAAGGACAGGGAGGGGUCCCUUUGGAGCACCUUAUAACCUGCGUUCCCGGUGUUAACAUCGCCACUGCACAGAAUGGCAUUAAAGUUGUGAAGUGGAUACACAACAAGCCACCGCCACCGACAGCAGACCCUUGGCUGCUGCGUUCCAAGAGUCCUGUGGGCAACCCGCAGCUCAUCCAGUUCAGCAGAGAAGUGAUCGAUCUGCUGAAAAACCAGCCCUCGUGCAUCAUGCCCAUUAGCAAGUUCAUCCCGAUGUACCACCAUCAUUUUGCAAAGCAGUGUCGCGUGUCUGAUUAUGGAUAUUCCAAGUUAAUGGAGUUGCUUGAAGCCGUGCCUCACGUGCUGCAAAUCCUCGGUAUAGGCACCAAGCGUCUAUUAACUUUGACACACCGAGCCCAAGUGAAGCGAUUUACUCAAGACUUACUGAAACUUCUCAAGUCUCAAGCCAGUAAACAAGUAGUUGUGAGAGAGUUUCUACAGGCUUAUCAUUGGUGUUUCUCAAAAGACUGGGAUGUUACUGAAUACGGAGUAUGUGAAUUGGUGGAUCUAAUAUCAGAAAUUCCAGAUAAUACAAUCUGUCUGUCUCAGCAGGAUAAUGAAAUGGUAAUCUGUAUUCCUAAAAGGGAACGUACCAAGGAAGAAAUUGAGAGAACAAAGCAGUUCUCAAAGGAGGUGGUUGACCUGCUACGCCACCAGCCCUAUUUCCGCAUGCCUUUUGAUAAGUUUAUACCAUCUUACCACCAUCACUUUGGCCGUCAAUGCAAGCUUGCCUAUUAUGGGUUUACCAAGUUACUUGAACUCUUUGAAGCCAUACCAGAUGUCUUGCAGAUAUUGGAAUGUGGAGAAGAGAAAAUUCUCACCCUGACAGAAGUAGAACAGGUCAAAGCGUUGGCAGCUCAGUUUGUUAAAUUGCUCCGGGCUCAGAAGGACAAAUGCCUGAUGAUGGCUGAUACACUCACAGAGUAUGCAAAAACAUUCGGUUACUCGUUGCGCCUCCAAGACUACAACGUUGGCUCCGUUCCAGCUCUAAUGCAAAAACUUUGCCAUGUUGUCAAGGUGGUUGAUGUGGAAGCUGGUAAACAGAUCCAGCUUAUCAACAGAAAGUCUCUCCGGACCCUGACGGCUCAGCUUCUGGUGCUGCUGAUGACUUUGGAUGAAACCUCCUUAGUCUCUGUCGAUCAACUUAAAAAGCAUUAUGAAAUCACCCAAAAUGUCACCCUCAAUCCUUGUGAAUAUGGCUUCAUGACCUUUACUGAUCUCCUCAUGAGCAUGCCUUACUUUGUUGAGGUCUUUACCAAUGACGAGGCAGAGUACGUCAAGCUUAAAGAGCUGUAUGUGUUUGCCAAGAAAGUGAGGUGUUUGCUUCACACUUACCAUUACCAGCAGAUCUUCCUUCAUGAAUUCUCAACAGCUUACACAAAAUACGCAGGAGAGAUGCUGCAUCCUAAAGCAUAUGGCUACAACAGUGUUGAAGAACUCUUGGGGGCAAUUCCAUCGGUAGUCUGGAUUAAAGGUCACGGACACAAGAGAAUCGUUGUCCUCAAGAAUGAUAUGAAAACUCGCUUUAGCUCUCCCAGUCUUCCUCUCGCGGAUGAGAAUCCUGGCUACCAGCUGGCUGACCAUGACGGACAAGUCACAGAUGUGCCAAGUUCGAGCAAGUCUUUGGAGUUAAAAGUAGAAGCACCAAAUACUGUUUCGAAUCAUACUGAGGAAGAGCUGCUUUGCCUCACCAACACAUCUCCCAUUGACCUGUUGUGUGAGCCAGUCCCCUCGUGCCUCCCCUCCCCGCAGCUGAGGCCGGAUCCUGUUCUUCUUGAAUCAGUGGACCUCAUUCAAUUUGAAGAACAUCCAUCGAGCUCGCCUGAGAUGAUGACUUCAACAGAAGACACGGAGAAGGCUGUUGGUCCUUCAGAGGUUAAAGAAGAAGUAAGCCACCUCCCCCCAGCUGCAGAAAUCCCACCUUCCUGCCCACUGGCUGAACCAAGCAAAGAAGCCACGGACAGCCCAGCCAAAAAGCAGCAUAAGAACAGAGUGAAGUUGGCAGCAAAUUUCUCACUUGCCCCUGUAACCAAGCUUUAAUUCUGUUGUAUUCUGAAAGGGAAAACAUGUUAAGACUGCACAGGAAAUCAUGCUAUUUUGGCUACCUUAAUAUUUUAAAUCAUAAACCUGGAGUAACACAUCUUCAUUUUUGUAGCAAUUGAAUUGCCUUUGAUGAGGUUUGGUUUUGGCUCGUUUACACUGAAUUCAGCUGGGCAGGUUUUUAAACAUCUGAACAUCAAUUAUUCCCUAGCAUUUCACCCUUCUUCCUAACAUUCUGCCAACAAAAAGCUGGACAUGAAACCUUUUGACUUAGAGCAGAACGAACUUGUAAGUUUCUGAAACCUCAUCAGUGAUGUAAUCCUGCAUCCAGCACCCUUUAAACGUGUAGGCUGUUUCUGACUUACCUUUCUUUCCGAGACAGUAUUAAUCCAGUGCGUGGUAUUGCAAAAAGCCAGUCCGUUUUUUUUAAAAAGCAAUCAUUGUUAGAUUAGAAUAAAGCCUGCAGUGGGGCCCUUGGGAUUGAAUCGAUGGGGAUUAGGCUUGCAAUAUUUCCGGUGACUUGUAAUUGUCUCUUUUUGGAAGAUAACUGUAGAAGAUUAUGUUGCUUUAUUACAAAGAGAAACACCCCCCCGCCCAACUUUUUAAUGCCUUCAGUAACAUGCUCUGGUUCUGUCAAGGAAUCUUAUAGGAAGUUGAGGAUAUUUUAAGCUUCCCUUUUAUGAGUUCUCUUGGUUGAUGUUGAUAUGGGUUGAGACAGACAGAGAGAGAGAGAGAGAGAAAAGGAGGCUUGGUGUUGUGCAUUUUGAAGAUGCUGCUUGUUGCAUCUGUUAAUGAAAUUACUGGGGAGUAUUUUGAUAAUAUUUCAGGAGUAUGCAUUAGAUGCAUAAAUGACAAAUAGCAACAAGGUAUGGAAGGAGCUUUUUUAAGAUUGAAGGGUAGCAGUGCUACUUCCACAUGCACAGAGAUGUGAGCCGCACAUGGAAAUGCCAAGGUUAUGACGCCUAACCUUGUUUUUUUUGUAAUUUUUAAUGCAUAGUAAAAUGGGAAGCUUAAUUUGAGUUUUAACUGUGUCUGGUUUUUAUUCUAACAUUUGCUUCUAGUGUUGCUACUUUUUUUCUUAUUGUGGCAUUUUUGUUGGCUUUUAGAAAGGCCAGCCUUUGUAGAAAGUGGCAAGUCAGUGGAGUCCUUUUACGUUCUUCUUAGGAGAGCUAAAAUGUCUUCUUACCAAAGCUUUUAUACCCACACUGGGUAAACUUGGCACUUACAAUGGGUUGUAUUUGCCAGGCAAGGGUUCUUAUUGCUUGUAAACCAGAAAAGAACCUCUACCAAAGGUUUCCACUGUCUGAAUGGAUUUUUUUUGCAAGAGGGGAGGGAAUAAUUAUAUUUGGUAAUGUAUAAGGAAGAUGCAAAGUGGGCUUGGAUUUCACAGCCAGCAACUGAAAAAAGCCACUCAAAUGGCUAUAGACAGCUUUUUUUAACAAAAAUUGAGUUUUGUUAGAAAAGAAAAUAAAUAUGCCUUUUAAACAAAGCUGAGUAUUAACAAUACUGAGUGUUUAUAGCCAUUAUGAACGUAAAAGAAACACUGGAAGUUUUUUUCCCCUAAGAUCAUGUCAAGGCACAGUGUAUUUCAGGUCCUUACAUUUCCUCGAUAAGGAUGGAGCUUAUAUAGGAACAGAUCCUUUUUUAGAAUUUCUUUUAACGGUUUAAUUGUAACAUCUUUCCACCACCUUUUACAGGCCACAUGAAAAAAUGACCUGAUCGUGGGGGGUGGGGAGAGGUGUCUAAAUUAUAGAAACAGCUGUUGUUUUGAGCAAGAAUUGCAAGUCACCUGAAUGCUUCAUUAGACCCAGGUUUUGGUGAACAAAACGAAUAGUGCUCUUAAAUACUUGAGUACAGGUUGAUACCAUCUGUAGAGGGUGAGUCAUGUGUAAUUCUGAUCUGAAUCUCUGUUUUGAAAGUUGUAGGGGGAUUUUGUUUUUAAGAGUCAGACCAGUGAAUUCAGUGUAAGCCUUGAUGAAGUAAUGGACUUAACUGAUGUGGGGCAAAAAAUUAAGACUAUAAAAUUCUUUAAUUUACAGUGUACUGGUUUUGAUUCUUGACAUGUUUUCAAAAAAGAAUCACUGAAACUUUCAACUUAUGCACAAACACACUCACUCACUGGGUGGAAUAAGAUAGGAGAAAAUGUCCAUCUUCCUCCUGAAUUGUCUACUGUUAUUUGGACAACCUUCUUGUGUUUCUAGUGCUGUUUUGUGUGUUGGGACCAACCAGUUGUCAAUAAAACUUUCAAGCAAGCA